CCAACCGGAUCAUUACUCCAAAGGGGUCCAAAGGGAGCGAGCGCCUCGAACCAUUUAGCGCCUGGGCUCUUCUACCCUCCCCCCAGGCAGCAGGGAGCUGGAGCUCAGAGCUGUUGGCUUCUCCUCAUGACCGACCAACAGUGCAACCACCAAAACAUGAUGCAUGUCGCGGCCGACUCGCACGCAACAACAGCCCAUGCCCCGACCACCGCACAGCACAGCACACCACGCCUGAUCUAGGUCAACUGGUACGGUAGGCGCUGCACUGGAUAACACUCUGGUUAUUUUUGCACGACAAGUCCCCUGUGUCUCGAUGCGCCAUGGCCUCGGUCGGCCGCUAUCGUGGGGUUGCUCCAGGUGGUGGCAGCGGACGAAGCUGGGACACGCAGGCCGGGAAUCCCUUCGCCAUGCCAGUGGGCGUCGGAUCCACAUUGCCAUCAACAUCAGCGCCAGCACCAGCACCGUCAGAUGUAUCUCGGGCCACGGCGGUAGUCAAGGCAGAGGUCCCAAGCACUGCCACUGCAUCUUCACAUAUUCCCACGAUGCAGGGAAGCAGCAGGACGACAGCCGACGACCGGGAUUCUGACGACAACACGAGCCCCACUGGCAAGACAUCUGGUGGCGGCGGCGGCAGGUGUCCCAGCAGGUAUGACUGGAGUAAGCAUAUGCCCACCAUCAAGCACCUCUAUAUCGACGAGGACAAGACCCUCAAGGAGGUGAUGGGGAUCAUGGAGAAGGAGCACAAUUUUAUCGCAACAGCCCGCAUGUACAAGAUCCGGCUGAAGAAGUGGGGCUACACCAAGAACGUCAGUGUCAAGUCGGAGGAGAUCGAGCCCCUGCUGAGGCUGCUCGACGAGGCAGAGCACAAGGGCGACGCCCGCGCAACGUCGAGCGAGGUCCAGCUCGCCACCGGCCGCGUCGUCGGCCUCGACCGCCUCGCCGCACACCUGCGGCGCAAGGCACAGAGGCAGCACCAGGCACUGGCGGUCGACACCCGGCUUGCCACGUCUACGUCCCUGACCAAGUAUCGUCGGAACGGCGGGAGUGGGAGUGGGAGUAGUGGCAGUGCCAGUGCCGGAGGAGGGAGUAUGAGCGCCGUUGUUGCCCGGAGCCCAUCGCCAACGGCGCUGGCCAUCAACUCGCCCGACAUGUACCGCAUAUCCGAGAUCGUCUUCGCCGACGUGCACGCGUACGUGUGCGGGCGGAUCCUGGAGCCCAAGGGCCUGAUGCUCGUGCAGCGGUCCGACUACGACAUGACUUCGCCCGUCUUCUCGAUGGUGCACGCGGCCAGCGAGUUCCUCCGGCAGGGCCACCUCGACGAGGCCCUCGCCCUGCUGCGCGUGGCGCCCGCCCGGCUCAAGAACGUCAUCGUGUACGAGCCCCCCAACAUCCUGCACUGCCUGUUCAUGGUCAUCGUGCACCUCCUCAGCACCUCCGGGUCCGCCCAGCUCGUCUCCAGCAUCAAGGCCCUCCUCGCCUACGCCGCCGCCACCGCCGACGAGAACUCGCGCCACUGGUCGCCGCAGUACCCCGUGCGCCGCAUCCUGCGCAGCCUCGCCGACCUCAGCGCCUCCGGUGACUUUGCCCUGCGCGACAUGACCGUCCACGCCUGGCGCUGCCUGCUGCGCUCGCACGACCUGACCCUGGGCUCGCCCGACUGCGCCCAGACCUUCCCCAACUGGCUCGACCUGGGCGAGUCGGCCGGCUUCGACGUCCUGCCGUCCGACCUCCUCGAGAAGAUGCACUGGGAGGUCUACCGCAAGCGCGUCGCCGAGCUCGGCGAGGCCGACAUGCAGUCCUGGUCCCAGCUCUACUACCUGUCCGAGCUGGAGCGCCAGAAGGUCAAGGCGCGCGGGGCGCCGACGGAGAAGCUGCAGCAGCUGCUCGAGAUGGCGCUCGCGGGCAUCGAGCAGGCCGAGCCGGGCAUGGGGCUCGUGGCCAAGUACAACUGCCAGCGCAACCUGGCCGAGAUCUUCAACGACCAGGGCCGCCGUGACCUCUCCGAGCGCUACCUGCGUGAUGCCAUCGACACUGCCGCGGGGCGCCACGGCCCCAACGACGAGCGCGUCCUGCAGAUGCUGUUUGAGCUCGAGAACAGGCUGGCCGAGUGGGGCGAGGGCGACGACAAGCUUGCUGAGCCCCGGAACAAGUCGGCCGAGAUCAUUGUUGCGCUCAACAGCGAGCCUGCUGGGUAGUGCACCUGGGGCCUUCGAGGGUACCAGACUGAAGAUGGUGUCGACUGAUGGAGACAUCCGCCCCAGACACUUGAGGCCUGCCUGCCUGCCUGCCUGCCUGUCUGGCCUGUCGUGCAACAGCCAACUUCAAGUUGUCCGCCUGGAAACCUCCCGGAUCGGAGGAGCUCCCUGCGCUCGAGUGCAACAUCCCGUCGGACGAUCCGCACAUGUAACAGUGUGAUGCUCACUGCUUUCCGGAAGGGGGUCACAUGUCCUUGUUGGUCUGUCCCCGUGGUGCGGCGCAGGCACAGCGGAUUCGCAUGCCUGGGCUGCCGCGUAUCAGAGGCACAAUAGCUCGAGACGGGCUCUCAUGCGCACGGCGCAUCCCAUCUGUCGGAUCGUUUGGCACAUCGAAUGCCUGGACGGGCUGUCACGCCGGACCCCAAUCACACGUCGCAAGAUGUUGCUUUGCGGCGGUCAACAUGGUCGAGUCGAAUCUUGAGGCUGCGGAUCCGUCGUGUUUGCUUGGCUGUCCCUUUGAGGCGCGGCUUCAGGGCGAAUGUACGCCCCCCCCCUCCCCCCUGUGCUACGUGGGCAGGCAGAACUGCUGCUUUGAACAUACUGCAAGCGUUACAUUGGCCCCCGGCGACCCCUCCAGGCUACGGCAUGUGAGCACACUACGCCGCCGCGUGUAUGCCUUAUAAUCCCCCAUCGGAACCGGCGCCGUGGCUGUGGAUGUUGGCAGAACGGCCCCGACAGGCGUGAUGAUACACUGGUUCUUUGGACGGUCAGACACGUCCACGUUUGGCUUGCCAAGUUGGCACCGGAGGCUGGUGUCGCUGGUCGCUUAUGAGUGGUAUCCACUUGUUUGGAGAGAAGACUCCACACCGGUGACCGGGAAUACCACCAGCCUGCUAUGGAUAUCGGCAUCUGCCUGUUUGUUCCGGGAUGACGGGGCUAUGGUCACUUCGGCCUCCCUUGUUAGAAUUAUAUGAUGCGGGACGAAGGGGGGGUAUAGUGUUGGAUCAGCGUGGCAGAUGGUAUAGGGCCGUUGGCCAGGUAGUAAAUGUGAUGGUAAUUACUAGACUAGACGAUCGGGCUAGAAUGACACGGACAAGGGCACAGAAUGCAUCGCCAUUUUACACUCUGCUGUUGUCAAUUUUCAAAAUCAGUGACUGUUUUCUUAUGGCGUCGGCUGCGAUAUUUCCCAACCUGAUUUCCUUGCUAUCUACUAGUCAAUAAUUUCGACAGGGCUGACUGAUCCGACCAAUGUAGGCAUAGGUCGGAUAUUUAGCCAAUAGCAUGCCUCCACCACCACUUGCUCAUCAUUUUCUUGGUUUACAGCCCCGAUUGCUGCCUGAACCACACCUACCCCGGAGAUCAUGCUGCUGAGCCCUCGGCGCAGCGAGUCAGCUCGCAUCUCUGCCAGCCUCAGGCACACGCGCCCGCAGCUGGCCACAUGUGCACCCGGCCACUCCCGACUCGAGUGUGUUGCCCAGACCUUGUCGUGGAGUUCGGUACGGCACGGCACGGCACGGCGUACCGUGAUUGAACGCCUCCCUGGGGCCAUUUUAAUUUCAUGUCAGGGCAGUCAGGGAUGACGUCGUACCAGACUCCGUGGAGAUUCCCCUCUUCUGAUAAAAUUAUAAAUACCUUUCAUGAUGGGGGCAUUUUACUCUCAACCAGCGCAACCAGCGAGUAUACCUGAUAUUCAACAUAUUUAUAGUAGAAAACUUACUAAACAGUCCGUGGAUCUCGAGUACCGAGUCAGUACUACUGACUAAGAAAAGUAUUAAACCUUAUUUUUCACUGAAUCAGUGAAUCCCUUGCUAAGCCUCAAAAAAUAAACUUUCGGCGGGUUGGGAGGGGGGUCUGGCCGGUCCUCCCUUGGCGGCCCCCCUUGGAAACUUACCAACCUGUUGGUUCUUCCCGCCCGAAUGACCCCUGUGCACAUCAGCCGCCAAUAAUACCACUUCAGUCCACACUUGAACCGGGGACUCGAAACACUAGGUAGAGCACGAGCACAUGAGAGGCGGGCUGCAGGGGAGAUGGACAUGGCCGUUACCAUGGUCCGGAGUACAACGACGAAUAGAAAGACAAGGAUUAUCAGUCCAUCGACAGGUUCAUCUGAGAAGUUGUUCCGGUGACCUGCGCUGACCCAUAGCGAUCCUGAAGUCACUACAAAGUGGUCUAAUCCUGUUUCCAAGGUGAACGCAGGUCCGAUAGGUGGGCAGUCCCUCGCCUUAAUAAGAAGCGUGAUGGCCCUGUUGAACAACCCUCGAGACAUGUGUCCAAUGGGCGUGGGUUAUUUCUACCCCCUCCCA